AUGACUGGUAAAGGUAGGUUCACUCCUUGGCGUCUACUUGUUGAUCACUGGCAGAGCAUUGGGAUAAAGAGAUGGUCUAAAAGAUGCACUAAAUGCGGUAAGUGUGGACAAUUGGGACAUAAGGCCUCUCGGUGUCUGCAAUCUCUUCCAAUACUAAAGACAAAGACUGUCUCAGACUUGAAUUCUUUAGAAACAAAUGUUGUGACUUCAGCGGUUCUACCAGAAACAGAUAAAGAAGAAUGUGUCGAUGCCCUGAUAUCAGAACAAGCUCUUAGUCAUGAGACUAAUCUGAUCCAAGACUCAUGUCAAAUUUCAUGUCAUUCUCCUUAUGUGGAAGUUGUUUCCACUUCAGAUAUCCCAGAAGUAAUACUUGCUGAAGCUCUUUUACCAAGUGUUGAAGCUCCUAAGUGUAUUUCUAAAAGUGCGGCUCCCAGAUUCAGCGAAAUGAUUCAUCUGAUCAAGACGAAUAUUCAGCUAUGUUGGAUCGAAUGA